AUGGAGAAAAGCUGGACGAGCGCAUCGUCCAUCUUCCCGCCCUGGGCCUACGAGUCAUCCGCCGAAACACCUCAGCUAAACGCCGAGUCCGGCACCAACCAGGCCGGAUCCAGGAAACUCAACAAGACCACCAGCGGCAGCGUGACGAGCUUCGAGGUCUAUCCGAAUGGAAUGCAGUUGGUUUAUCUAGCCAAUUCCAGGUUAUAA